CAGAGGUGACGUGAAUGAGUUCUUCUUACAUUUCUAGCUUUGCAAGUUCUCCAUCUUCUUCUGGCCGACGUACAGGUAAAGGGGAUUAAAGACGAGGAAAAAUGAAUGAAGAAUACGACGUUAUCGUUCUGGGAACUGGACUAACGGAAUGCAUCCUGUCCGGGAUCAUGUCCGUGAAGGGGAAGAAGGUGUUACACAUGGAUAGGAACUCAUACUAUGGAGGGGAGAGCGCCUCCAUCACCCCUCUGGAGGAUCUGUACAAGCGCUUCAGCCUUCCUGGCAGCCCUCCUGAAUCAAUGGGAAAGGGUCGCGACUGGAACGUGGACCUCAUUCCCAAAUUUCUAAUGGCCAAUGGCCAGCUUGUCCGUAUGCUGCUGAUCACACAGGUGACGCGUUACCUGGACUUCAAAGUGAUCGAGGGCAGUUUUGUCUACAAAAAGGGCAGCAUCUACAAAGUGCCAUCUACUGAGACUGAAGCGCUGGCAUCCAGCCUCAUGGGACUUUUUGAGAAGAGACGGUUCCGGAAGUUCCUCGUGUUUGUUGCCAACUUUGAUGAAAACGACCCAAAGACCUUGGAGGGAGUAGACCCUAAAAAGAGCACCAUGCGGGAUGUGUACAAAAAGUUCGACCUCGGGCAGGACGUGGUCGACUUUACCGGCCAUGCUCUCGCACUCUACCGCACAGAUGACUACCUGGAUCAGCCCUGUAUGGAUGCGAUAAACAGGAUUAAGUUGUACAGUGAGUCUUUGGCGAGGUAUGGGAAGAGUCCAUAUCUGUACCCUCUCUAUGGCCUGGGAGAGCUGCCCCAAGGCUUUGCCAGAUUAAGUGCCAUUUAUGGAGGAACCUACAUGUUGAACAAGCCCAUUGAGGAGAUUGUCAUAGAGAACGGCAAAGUGGUGGGCGUCAAAUCUGAGGGAGAGAUUGCACGCUGUAAGCAGCUGAUAUGCGACCCCAGCUAUGUCAUGGACCGAGUCAACAAGGUGGGUCAGGUGAUCCGGGUCAUCUGUAUCAUGAACCACCCCAUCAAAAACAUCAGUGACGCCAACUCCUGCCAGAUCAUCAUCCCUCAGAACCAGGUCAACAGGAAGCAUGACAUCUAUGUGUGCAUGAUCUCCUAUGCACACAAUGUGGCAGCACAGGGUAAAUAUGUGGCCAUCGUCAGUACUACUGUGGAAACCAACGACCCUGAGAAAGAGAUCAAACCAGCCCUGGACCUUUUGGAACCAGUUGAGCAAAAGUUUGUGAGCAUUAGUGACCAGUAUGCACCAACUGACUUGGGAGCUGACAGCCAGAUCUUCAUCUCUCGCACCUAUGAUGCCACAACCCACUUCGAGACAACCUGCGACGACAUAAAAGACAUCUACAAGCGAAUGACAGGCACAGAGUUUGACUUCGCCGAAAUGGAACGCAAGAAGAAUGACAUCUUUGGAGAUUGUGCCGACCAGUAAAUUAGCUCCAGCUGCUCUUGAAUAUCGGAUAUUCAGACGAUCAUAAUCUUAACGUAAAAAGAAGAAAAAAAAAGCCAACCAAAUUGGGCAAGCUGGCUAUCCAAAUGUAUGUUUUGCCCAUAAUGGAAUUUCAAGUAAACCGUUACAAAUAUAGCAUUUUCGGGGGGAGAAGGGGAGAAGGUUCUGCAAGUCUGCUUUUAUUAUCAGGAAACAAGAUACAUUUUGCACUCAUUGUUUAUCAUUGCCCUGCAUUGUUACCAUCAUGUGAUCUUUAUCUCAACCUGCUAAGACAUGGGAUGUGUAAAGUCCAAAAAUGUCAAUUGAUCAGAUGUAUUCAAAUGAAAUGAAGAAAUGCGUAUUUUUUAAUUAUGCGUGUGGGCCAUAAAAGUAAACUCUCAAAUAGAGAGGGAUCAGGUUUGCAAAAUUGUGAAAUUAUAUGUUGCAGGUUAACAGCACACGAUUUCCACAAAUAAUUUUUAGGAAAAACGAUCUACUAAAACAACUUCCAUGGAGUCAUUAUUCUAUUUUCCUACAAAACUGGUGCUUCAACCAUUUCAGCAUAUUGUUUCACAAUAUAUCUCCAAUUCCUAUGUUUACAGACCGAAGGGAAAAAUCAAGCACACAAGUGUAGAUAAUCUUUUGUGUAAUCGGUGUCCAAGUACACAGUAAUUAUUUUGCAAUGCUAAUGUAAAGCUACAUUCUUUUGACAUAACUGACCCUCUAUUAGCUGUAAAUUGUGCUACUUGCUUAUGUGGUGUUCUCCUUUAGCUUUGCCUUGUAUCUCUUUUCUGGUGGUUUAUGCAUGAUUCUAAGGCCACUAACCAGGGAGGUAUCACACGUCAUCGGGAAAAGCUGCUUAACUGUAAGUCUGGGAAUCUGCUUGUCUUGUGUGUGUUAAAGGAGCUCUCCUUCUCCCUCACCUCAGAGCAGAUGGGAGCAAGCAAUAGUUGCUGAGUACUCCUCAAUGGCUCUGAUGUGUUAAAGGACCAAAAUGUCUAUAGCAGUAUUGACAUGACCGGGGCCCUGUGCAAAUUGUCACCAAUGUUUUAAACAAAUGCUGAACGAAUGGGGCUCAAAUGAUUUAUAUACUGCAAAGUAAAAAAUAUUAACUUGUGGAAAACAGUGUUUUUCUUUCUUUU